CCAACCACUUCUUUCAAUAAACAUCAUCAGACUGCGUCGCGUACCAAAGGAACGGUGCAACGAUGACAUGAAGUGACUGUUGGUGUACCAACUUGAGACUCAAAGCUGGUCUAUCGUUCUGUCUCUUCAAAGCAUGCCACGCGCCUUUCCGCCCGCCAACGACCUCGUUUUCUCGCCCGGCUAGGAACUCGAAAUAUGGAGGUUGCCAACGGUGGCUCUUCGGCCCAGAGCCAGAAUGGCUCAUCUGAAAGCAACAGCGGAUACAAACUCAAGUUUUGCACUGUAUGUGCUAGCAACAACAAUCGCUCCAUGGAAGCACAUUUACGGCUAUCCCAGGCUGACUAUCCUGUCAUCUCCUUCGGCACUGGUUCUCUCGUCCGCCUGCCUGGGCCUACCAUUACCCAACCUAAUGUGUAUCACUUUAACAAAACUUCUUAUGACAGUAUGUUCAAGGAGCUUGAAUCCAAGGAUGCUCGGCUGUACAAGAACAACGGCAUCCUUAACAUGUUGAACCGUAACCGUGGCGUCAAAUGGGGCCCAGAACGCUGGCAAGACUGGCAAGUUGGUGUACCUCGCCUGCAACAUGCUAAGGACCGUGGCAGCGAGGGUACUGAAGGUGGUCUAGUCGAUAUUGUCAUCACCUGUGAAGAGCGAUGCUGGGAUGCUGUUGUCGAUGAUCUCCUUAACAGGGGUUCACCACUCAACCGACCUGUCCAUGUCAUCAAUGUCGAGAUCAAGGAUAACCACGAAGAGGCCGCCAUUGGUGGGCAGGGUAUCUUGGAUCUUGCGAACUCUCUCAACGCGGCUGCUCGUGAAGAGCGUGACGCUGUUGGUGCUUCGUCCUUUGACAAUGGUUCUGCCUCAAGCAGAGCUUCCUUUGAUGAGCGAGUACCUGAUAUUCUGGCUUCAUGGCAGGAAAGGUGGCCCAAUCUGCCAGCGACCUGGACCGUUGCUUGGUUCUAAUCCGCGUAA